UAGACGCUCUCUAUUUUAAACAUUACAUCUAUGAGUGUUUGUCUCUACGUUCCAAGACACUUCCGCAAGUGUACAGAAGUGCGGUAUUGAACGCAGGCAGACUAUCAGCUGAUGAUGUUGCGGCGAAGCCUGGUACAAUUAUUGCUGAACGCUAAUAGAAAUUCAUGCCCAAGGUAUGGCGUUUCUUGUGAAACACACGUGAGGGGCAUUGGGACGACGCCUAUGGCGAAAGGAGCUUUUAAUAUCCAAGACGAGGAGGAUUUCACAGACAGAGUCCUGAAAUCGUCAACGCCAGUGGUAGUGGAUUUUCAUGCACAAUGGUGUGGUCCAUGUAAGCUUCUUGCUCCAAGAUUAGAGAGCAUUAUAGGAGGAAAAGGAGAUAAAGUUCAUCUUGCUAAAGUGGAUAUUGAUGAAGUAUCAGAUCUGGCACUAGAAUAUGAUGUAUCAGCUGUGCCAUCUGUUUUGGCCAUUAAAGAUGGGAAGGUUGUUGAUAAAUUUGUAGGUUUACAAGAAGAAUCCAGAAUUGAGGCAUUUGUCAACCGGCUUAUUGGAGAAUAGAAUUAUGAAGCAUAUUUCCUAAGAGAUUUCAAGAUAUAUAGGCGGAGUAUAUAUAUAUAUAUGUUAAUUAUCCUGUAUAUGUUUAGAAACAAUAUGCUAUAGUAGGAAAUUGGAGGAGUAAGUGAUUCUAUGCUCAACUUUGAGACAACUAUUAUAUCCUAAGCUUGAAUUUCAUCCCAGUGUGCUCUUCUGUCUCAGGUUUGGUAUAGAACCUGUUACUGUACUAUUUUCCUUUCAUAUAUUUUUCUCUUAUUUGUGUAGGUAAUAUAUACUAAUUGUGAUCUUUUAAAACAACAUAUGCAAUGCAUUCUUUGGCUAUGCAGUGCUUUCUGUAUAAAGUGUAUAUGACUUUUUACUAAGCUAUAAUAUCUGUUUUCGAUCCCUUGUGGACCAACUUGACAAACACAUCGCAUAAUGUUAUAUUUAGGUGUACACAUUUUGCCAUUCUAAUGAUUGUACUUAACACUUUUCUCAUACGUUGAUCUUCUUGCCAUAGGUGUACAGAUGUGAUGUAAUUAUUGUUGGCGUAAAAUAAAGGAUUGAAAACGUCCUAAUAAA